GCGGCGCCGGGCAGAGCCGCGCGGCGUGCAGGCGAGCGCAGCGGGCGCGCGUCCCGGGCACCCCACGUCCCUGUCUCGCGCGCUGUCCGCACCAUGAAGCACAUCCCGGUCCUCGAGGACGGGCCGUGGAAGACCGUGUGCGUGAAGGAGCUGAACGGCCUCAAGAAGCUGAAGCGGAAAGGCAAGGAGCCGGCGCGGCGCGCGAAUGGCUGUAAAACUUUCCGAUUGGACUUGGAAGCUCCCGAGCCUCGCGCUGCCGCCACCCUCGGGCUUCGGGACAGGACCCAGAGGCUGCAGCCCGUCCCGGUCCCGGCCCCGGUGCCAGCCCCAGUGGCGCCGGCUGUUCCCCCAGGUGGGGGCGCGGAUACUGGCGGGGACCGCGGGGGCCCCCGAGCGCCGGAGGUCUCUGACGCGCGGAAACGCGGCUUCGCUCUGGGCGCAGUGGGGCCGGGACUCCCCACGCCGCCGCCGCCGCCAGCGCCCCAGGGCCAGGCAUCUGGGGGUCCCGAGGCACAGCCUUUUCGGGAGCCCGGCCUGCGUCCCCGCAUCUUGCUCUGCGCACCUCCUGCGCGCCCGGCACUGUCUGCACCCCCAGAGCCCCCAGUGCCCUCGGCGCCCGCGGACUCCUCGGUGCGUCCUGCGCCCCCCACGCGCCCGGGGGAAAGUUCCUACUCGUCAAUUUCACACGUAAUUUACAAUAACCACCCAGAUUCUUCUGCGUCGCCUAGGAAACGGCUGGGCGAAGCGACCGCCGCCUCCUCGGAGAUCAAAGCCCUGCAGCAGACCCGGAGGCUCCUGGCGAACGCCCGGGAGCGGACGCGGGUGCACACCAUCAGCGCAGCCUUCGAAGCGCUCAGGAAGCAGGUGCCGUGCUACUCCUAUGGGCAGAAGCUGUCCAAGCUGGCCAUCCUGAGGAUUGCCUGUAACUACAUCCUGUCCUUGGCCCGCCUGGCAGACCUCGACUACAGCGCCGACCACAGCAACCUCAGCUUCUCCGAGUGUGUGCAGCGCUGCACCCGCACCCUGCAGGCCGAGGGACGUGCCAAGAAGCGCAAGGAGUGACUGGCUGCAGACCAGCUGGGACACCGUGGUGGCCUCUUCCCAGGGUGAGGAGAAGGUGGACACACCAAGCCAACCUCAUCCCUCUGCAGGAUGCUCCGGGUCGGCCCCCACGCCCCUCGGGGCUGUCCAGGCUGGGCAGCCUGCCCCGCCCUCCUGCCCUCUGCCUGGCGGUCACAGUGCACUUUGCCCUCUGCCUGUGGGAGGCCCAGUCUUCCUCCCGCUCAGGUCCGGAGGCUCUUCGUGGCUGCAAAAGUUCAUUGCCAAAGAUUCAACAGAGACACCGAGCACAAGGGGCUGAAGCCCAGCAGCCAAAGGCCACAUUGUGGCUCUGUGGCCUUCGUCCCUCCUGUUGCCAGAGCCCACCUGUCUCAAGCCAAAGAUGAGCCAGCAAUUCCACCGGGAGCCUGAGAAACAGAGGGACAGGGUGACCCUCGAGAGCACUUGGCCCUCAGAGCCAGUGCCAUCCACACAGGGCCCUGGGCUGGCGAGUUCAGGAGAAGCCUUCUUGGGCCUGGGAGGGAGGCAGGGAAGGGGCCAAGGUCCCUUCCCUUGCUGCCCUACCCUGGCCACCCAGACUCUGGCCCUGAGGAGUGGCUGGGGAGAGGUGGCAUGCUCUAGCCGGGCACUCGCCCAAGGCCACCUGCCCAGGGGACAUGCACGCUGGUGGCCCUGCCAUCUCCCCAGGCUUCCUUGAUGCAACGAGUAGCGGCCUGCAGAGGCUGGUGGUCUGUGGCAGACCAGAUGGGAGGGGGAGGACGACRGGACCAGGCGAUGGCCGCGUAGGGAGGGCACCUAGGCCGGGGCCAGUGCCCUCUUGAGCUCACAGGCCAAAGCUGCUCACAUGUGUUCAACCAUCUGCUUCAAAUUGAAGUAAAAGCCCGACGUGUAAAGCACACUCCUGCUGUGCCCAGCGGAUUCUGUGGCUGGGAAGCUGGGGACAGGGUGGCCUCAUCUGAAGGUGGAGGGCCCGAGGGUGGGGAGCAUGAGGGCAGAGGACCCACGUGGCCUUGGCCAGGUGUGUCAGGAGGGCAGGAGGCCUGACCCGGGUGAGGAGCCCCACACUUCUGCCUCGCAACCUUCAGAGGGUCCUUUGCUAGAGACUGAGCCCAGGAGACCAGCCAAUCUGUGACAGUGCCGUCCUCAGAUCAGGAUGGCCUCACUUAGGACCCUGUACUCGAAAACCGUUCCUGGUCCUAUUGCCAGGCCCAGUCCACACUCCUUGGGUGGCCUGAGACCAGACAGUGAAAGCCCACCGCAAGGAGGAAACUGAGGUGCGAUAUAGGAAAGKACUGCCCAGGGGAGGUGGGGCCAGGGGCAGUGGCAUGCAGCCACGCUGGCUGACCCUCACUGAAGUCCAGCUACUCCCUGGGCCUCCAGGGGCAUUUCUAGUUGGCUGAGGACUUGGCCUCAGCAUCUGUGGUGUGUGUGUGCACAUCUGCUCUGGGUCAUCAGACACAGGCCAUAGGGUCGAGGGCYGUCUCUGGAGCCCACAGGGCCUCUGUGGGUGUGUCCACGAGCAGCCCACCUGUGCACACACUAGCCUCCUGCCCCCAACCCCAAGGCCAGGAAGGAGCGCCUUGAGAGUGAGCUGCCCCUGAAGGCCAGCUUCACAGCCCCCAAUGCUGGGCUGCCCUGGGGGGCUUGGAAGGUCCUAGAGAGAGGGCUGCGUCCAGGAGCAGGUGGCUGCCUCUGCGUGCUCUGUGCCCGUACCUUGACACCCCCUGUGUCCCAGUCUUACCCAGGUGACUCCACUCUCACUGUUUGCCCUCCCCCAGGCCGGGGGAGGGUGCUCCUGGGUGAGUCCCAGGGGCCACAGAGCUCUGUAGGGAGCUGUAGCCACUCAUGGCCCUUUUUGCCCCAGGGCUGAGCUGGUCCUGGGCAGACUCCAGUCAGGUGACUGCAGUGGUCAGACAGGUGACUGCAGUGGUCAGCCACAUUUACCUGCCAGGGGCUGCACAAAGGCUCCACCGGUCUCCCUCCUCCUAGGCAGCUUCCUGACCACAGAGGGCCAUUGCCAGCAGCCAGGUGACAUGCAGCCUGGUCUCUCAGAGCCAGACCCAAGGGACUGUCCCCAGGUCCUCGCCCAUGCCCACAGCCUGGUGCCUUCUGCAGCCUGGCCCCAGGGAGGCACAGAGGGCCCUGCCCAGUGCCCUGCAGGUCUCACCUUCCUCUGGGUCCCCCUGCUGGUCCCUGGGAACCAACAGACUGCCUCCCCUGAGCCAGCCUCCCCAGGGAACCCCAAUGGGUAAGUACUGACUUUCAGAGACCCAUGGACGCGGGUCUGAUCCCGGAUGUAGUAAGAAGUCCUAAGGGAAAAGAUGGGUCCAUUCAUCUCCAAGUUCUCAGAAGGACCUCGUGUCUGGUUUUGUCUGGGGACUGGGGCUGGAACUUGGACGAGACCACUGAGCUGCAUCCCCAGCCCUCCAGCGCACCUUGGGAAGCGGCUUGGGUUUUUGCUCUUGGAUGGUGAAUUAAAGGAUGGAAACUAUGGAGCUCA